AUGGUGAAGCUUUUCUGGGUUAGCAUUGUAAUAGCACUUGUUUUCAUCAAAUUGGUUGAUGCAUAUCACAUCAAUGAAACUGAACUCUCUAUCUUAGAAGCUCAUGAAGGUUAUUCUUUUUCUUCCAACCUUGUGAAUCAGCCUCGCAUGGUGGGAAUCACCUUUAUUCAAUCUGCUGCUGCUAAAGGAGCUGUCUGCUUGGAUGGAACAUUGCCUGCUUAUCAUUUCGACCGCGGAUACGGAUCGGGAGCAAACAGCUGGAUUGUUAACUUAGAGGGAGGUGCGUGGUGUAAUAACGUUAGAACAUGCGUUUAUCGCAAGACUACACGGCGUGGAUCAUCAAAUUUCAUGGAGAAGGCGAUACCUUUUACGGGAAUAAUGAGCAAUAAUCCUCGAGAGAAUCCAGAUUUCUUUAACUGGAAUAGAGUGAAAAUUCGUUACUGUGAUGGUGCUUCUUUUACCGGUGAUAGUGAAAAUAGGGUAAUUCCUGGCAAUCUGAUACUCAACAUGCUUCUCCAUCACCUCUCACCUAAUAGUUUUCACAUGGGAAGAACUCUCUUGCACCACACCAUCAUUUGCAACAAUGAAAGAGCAUUGAAUGUACUUCUGAAUAAUGGGGUUGAUACAGAAUUGGCCCUUCAAACUACUGAAGAAGAAACCAAUCUAUACCCUAUUCACAUGGCUGCACGCCUCGGACUAUGCAACAUUCUUCAAUGUUUGAUUAAUGGUAACUGUAACUUGGACUCGCAAACAAAACUUGGUGACACGGCGUUGAUGGUUUGCACAAGGUAUAAACAUGAGAAGUGUCUAAGAGUUUUAGUAUCAUCAGGAGCUGAUUUGGGGAUAGUAAAUUCGUUUGGUCAUUGCGCAACUUCAACAGCAACUUCUAUUCAUUGGACUAAAGAAUAUCAGAAAGCAGUUUUGGAUAUAAUUAGAGCCAGAAAGGUUGUUAAGUCUAGCAAUGCGUCUAGAUUUUCAUCUUUGUUAUUCGUCACUCACGCGAAUGACAUAGAGGCUUUGAAAAAAGUCGUUGAAAACAGAAACAUAAAUCUAGAUGAGCAAAAUGAGAGUGGAUUUUCAGCUGUCAUGAUAUCUGCUUCAGAGGGUAGCGUGGAGGCAUUCAAGUUGCUUCUUCACGCUGGAUCUGAUGUAACCAAUCUUAAAAACAAAGAUGGUUUAACAGCUCUAGAUAUCAUAAAUUUGAAACAAAAUGGUGAAGAUGGUCAUAAGGUGAUGUUUGAAUAUGCACUUAAAAAGGGAUGUUUGAAUAUUAGUACUUUAGCCGAAGCGAAUACUCUUCACCGUGCAGCUUGUUAUGGAGAUAUAAACAUGGUUGAAAAACUACUAAAGGAAGGGAAUUACGAUGUGAAUGGUUUUGAUGAAAAUGGAUAUACACCAUUGAUGUUAGCUGCCAGAGAAAGUAAUGGAGAAAUGUGUGGCCUUUUGAUAUCUCAUGGAGCAAAAUGUGAUAUUAAGAAUGAAAGACAUGAAACAACACUUUUACUUGCAAGAGAAAAAAAUUUGAAAGGAAAUGAUGCAGAGAAUGUGAUCAUGGAUGAGUUAGCUAGAAGAGUAGUAUUGUGCGGUGCGCGUGUGAAGAAACAUACAAAAUGUGGUAAAGGACUUUCAUGA